AUGAACAUUGAAUUUUUCCAGAAACCUCCAAGGGAUGCAGUGUCACAGCAAGGAGAGGCGACUCUGGCAGGGCACACUGCAGAGGAGAAAACCAAGGCACAGAGAGAUUCUGGGGUCUCCAUCUUUUUCUAUGAGUUCCAGCAUCGACCCAGUUCUUUUGCAAAGAUCAAGCCGGCCUGGGUGCGGGCUGGUCAUGGGGCUGAGAAGACCUUCAUCUUCGGGAGUCCUUUCCUCAUGGAUGAGAGCUCCAUGCCGGGUGCCUUGCACACCAAGGAGCCUUUAGUUGUUACCAACUAUGGGACCCCCCCAAGAAAGCAGGUACACGUGGGGAAGACACCCAUCAAUGCCUUCCUAGGAGUUCCCUUCUACAGACCUCCUGUGGGUGCCUGCAGGUUCACUGCCCCAGAACCCCCAGAGCCCUGGGAAGGAAUCAGAGAUGCUACCACCUAUGCCCCAGUGUGCCUUCAGGAGUCCUGGGGGCAGUUCACCUCCAUGUACUUCAACACACACAAAAAAUACAAGUGGCUGCAUUUCAGUGAGGACUGUCUGUACCCGAAUGUGUACGUGCCAGUAGGAGCGCUCCGGGACCCCCUGCUGCCUGUGAUGGUCUGGUUCCCAGGACACGCCUUCCUCGUGGGCUCCGCUUCCACGUAUGAUGGCUCCGAAUUGGCGGCCCGGGAGAAAGUGGUACCAGUGCUUCUGCACCACAGCCUCGGUGUCCUGGGCUUCCUUAGCACAGGCGAUAGCCAGGCCCGCGGGAAUUGGGCGCCGCUGGACCAGGUUGCAGCUCUGCGCUGGGUGCCGAAGAACAUCGCAGCCUUCGGCGGAGACCCAGGCUGGGUGACAUGGUUUGGCCAGUCAUCAGGGGCCAUGUGCUUCUCGGGACUGGUGACAUCACCCCCAGCCUGGGGUCUCUUCCAACAGGCCAUUUCCCAGAGUGGCACCGCAGUGCUCAGAGUCUUCAUCACUUCAUCACCUGGCUGA